AUGUCGUCCAAGAGAGGCCCCGAAUUUCCUUUCUUAUACAAGUGCCGAAUCCCUUUCGAGUUCGAAGUCAAGGGAGGAGAUUUUCAAGCUGCGAAAGAGCAAUGGACCGAGUACAUGCAUGGGAUAUUUCGACCGAUCACGAAGAUGGGUCCAGAUCGUCUAUCGAAAUCGGGAUUGCCAACCUGGAAACAUAAACAAACAAUAUUCGGCAAAGGACUAAAGGCUAAUUUUGCGUUCUGUAGUGGUGCCGUUAUGUCCUGCGCAGACAACUCAGGUGCACGAAACCUGUACAUUAUCUCCGUCAAAGGUAUUGGUGCUCGUUUGAACAGACUGCCAGCUGCCGGUGCAGGUGAUAUGGUCAUGGCCACAGUCAAGAAGGGAAAGCCAGAGUUAAGGAAGAAGGUCAUGCCCGCAGUCGUUGUCAGACAAUCAAAGCCAUGGCGCCGACCAGACGGUAUUUACCUGUACUUCGAGGAUAAUGCUGGUGUCAUCGUCAAUCCCAAGGGUGAGAUGAAGGGUUCAGCCAUCACUGGUCCUGUCGCAAAGGAGGCUGCUGAGCUUUGGCCACGUAUUGCUUCCAAUGCUGGUGUCGUGAUGUAA